AUGAGGAAUGAGGCUGCUCUCCAGCUGGGCUUCUUGGGCCUUUGUCUAACCCUGGCUUUCCUGGGAGGAGGAAUGGGACGCCAUAUUCCUGAUCCAGCACCAGUGAACUGUGCAUGGAGCCGCUGGUCAGAGUGGGGUCCGUGCGAUCCGUGUACGAAAAUUCACAGGCGUUCUCGGGGUGUAGAGGUGUUUGGUCAGUUUGGCGGUCAAGCUUGCCUCGGAGCGCUCGGGGACAAGGAGGCAUGCACAACAGAUGCUGUGUGUGAACUGGAGCCGCCCGCUGUGUGUGCCGCCACAGAGUUCCAGUGCGAGUCAGGUCCUUGCAUUAAGACCAGAUUAACGUGCAAUGGGGACUACGACUGUGAGGAUGGAUCAGAUGAGGACUGUGAACCUCUGCGUAAACCUUGUGGUUCACUGUUCUUGAAUAACAAUGAGCAAAGCAGGACAGCAGGAUACGGAAUCAACAUCUUGGGCUCAGGACCACGAAUGAUCCCCUUCAACAAUGAUUUCUUCAACGGGAGGUGUGAUCGAGUCAGGAAUCCCACCACUGCACAGUACGACAGGCUCCCCUGGAAUGUCGGUGUGCUCAGCUAUGAGACUGUUGCUGAAGAAACGGUUUCUCGAGAGAUCUAUGAGAACACCGACACACUUCUGAGGGAGCUCCUGGAGGAGGUCAGCUCGAAAGUUGACGUUGGCCUUUCCUUCAAAUUCACCCCCACUGAAGAAACCAUGCAGAAAUCUCCGGCGACAGAGCCGUCAGGAAGCGAAGACACGGGGGCACAGCCGUCAGGAAGUGGGAACACAGGGACAAAGGUGUCAGGAGGCGUGGGCCUGGAGGCACAGUUUGACAAGAAAAAUAUUAUUAAUGAUAUCUCCGAGUACACCAAAAUUAAGAACAAGAGCUUUAUGCGGGUGAAGGGACACGUACAGCUCAGUACCUACAGGCUGCGUUCCCGUGAGCUCCGGGUGGCUGAUGAAUUCUUGGAACAUGUCAAGUCCCUGCCUUUGCAGUAUGAGAAGGGUCUUUAUUUUGCUUUCCUUGAGGACUAUGGAACUCACUACACCAAAAAUGGGAGGUCUGGUGGCGAAUAUGAGUUGAUUUAUGUCCUCAACCAAGACACCAUCAAGACAAAAAAGGUGACGCAGAGAACGCUUCAAGAAUGCCUGAAGUUAGGCAUCACCGCAAACUUGGCCACGACUGGGGUUGACGCUGAGGGACAUGUUAGACCUGAGAACUGUAAAACUGUGUCCCCGAAAAAUACAAAUGAGACUUCAGGACAAGCACUGGUGGACAAGGUGAUGACAUCGGUCAAAGGAGGUACCCUAGAAACCGCUGUUGCUAUGCGGGCCCAAUUAAAUAAGGAUGGACUCAUGGACGUACAGACAUUCCAGAACUGGGCCCGGACGAUCGCCGAUUCCCCUGCACUUCUGCAAAGUGAGCCGGAGCCCAUCUAUUCAUUAGUUCCGUUGGACAUACCUGAUGCCAACACCAGGAUAGCCAACCUAAAGCAGGCCACUGCAGACUACGUGGCAGAGUAUAAUGUGUGCAAGUGCAAGCCCUGCAAAAACGGAGGCACCCUUGCUCUGCUGGACGGAAAGUGCAUUUGCCUGUGCCCUCACCUGUAUGAAGGCUUGGCCUGCCAGAAUUUCAAACCAGAUAAAAAUCCUGUAUCUGGUACUACAGCUGCAGCUCCAGCAACCGAUGUUGCUGAUGAAGGCAACUGGUCCUGCUGGUCUGGCUGGUCUGACUGUAAGGCAGGUAAACGCACCAGGAGCCGCAGCUGCAACACAGACGGUGUCAGUGGCCUCACCUGCAGAGGAGAGGACGCCAGUGAAGAAUUCUGCUGA